GAGAGAGAGAGAGAGAGAGAGAGAGAGAGAGGCACUAGCAAGCUAGCGAGCAAGGGAGCCAGCCAGCUAGAGGGAGGGAGAGAAGGAAGAGAGAGAAGAGGGAGGGGUGGGGGCGAGAGGUAAACACUCUUAAAUCGGAAGGGAGCUGCCUCCACUGUGGUUCUGACAGGCGCUGCCUGGGCUCCGAGGCGCUGUAAUAACUGGGUGACCUUUUCUCGGGCUGUAUUAUGUCUGGCUGGGAAGGGAUUGCAUUUUGCGGCUGAGAGCCAGGGCUUCCUUCAGCUCGGGCUCCUCGCACACUGCUGGGGUAAGUUGUCAGGAGCCUGGACCAAGAGAGACAUCCCCCGGACUGCAGUUGCCUAAAAGAAGGACACCUGUGGCUCGCAUGCGGUCCACACUGGUACUUGGCGGAUCCUGGAGGACCUCAUUAUUUUAAACUUAAAAAAAAAAAAUAGAGAGAGAGAGAGAGAUUCUACCCCCCCUUUUUUUUUCAAACAAUGUUUCUUUUUGACCUUUCCCAAGGAGAAGCGCUACCAAGCAGCCGCUGUGCUCACUGAACACCCUCCCCUGUAUCGCUUAAUAGAGAAGGCAUACAAAUGCUCUCAGUUCAGCCAGAUACCAAGCCGAAAGGUUGUGCUGGCUGCAACCGCAAAAUCAAGGACCGGUAUCUCCUAAAAGCACUGGACAAAUACUGGCAUGAGGACUGCCUGAAGUGUGCCUGCUGCGACUGUCGUUUGGGAGAGGUGGGCUCCACCCUGUACACGAAAGCUAACCUUAUCCUUUGUCGCAGAGACUACCUGAGGCUGUUUGGUGUAACAGGAAACUGCGCUGCCUGUAGCAAGCUCAUCCCUGCCUUUGAGAUGGUGAUGCGUGCCAAGGAUAAUGUGUACCACCUGGACUGCUUUGCCUGUCAGCUUUGCAAUCAGAGAUUUUGUGUCGGGGACAAGUUUUUCUUAAAGAAUAAUAUGAUCCUCUGCCAGACAGACUACGAGGAAGGCCUAAUGAAAGAAGGCUAUGCACCCCAGGUCCGCUGAUCCCGCAGCAUCACCCCCUAACGACGCAAAGCACUACAUCCUUUUAUCUUUUUUGCUCACGUGUAUAUAAGAAUCAAUCGACACAGGAACCUACUAAAUAGAGUAGCGGUAGGACAGCAGGAUGGCCAUGUGGAGGAAGAGGCGGACUGCAUCUGUAUGUAGUGAAAUUGCCCCAGUUCGAGAGUUGAAUGUUCAUUAUUAAAGAGAGAAGUAAUGUAUAUAUUGCUGGAUUUUUUUGCUUGCCAUUCGUUUUUGUGUCACUUGGCAUGAGAUGUUUAUUUUGGACUAUUGUAUAUAAUGUAUUGUAAAUCCGAAGCACAAAUGUAAUACAGUUUUAUUGUGUUACCAUUUGUGUUUGGUUUGCUUCUUUGUAUUGUUGCAUUUAGUACAAUCAGUGUUUCAACUUACUGUACAUUUAUGCUUUCUGUGUCUGCCAGCUAUUUUCAACAAGCUGUACCUUCCUAGUAAGAAUUGAAGGGCAAACCUCAACGACGACACACAGAUGAAGCAAGACUAUUGACGUUAGAAAGACAAAAAUGACCGAGUAAACAAACACAAAGCAGUUAGUGACAUCCGCUUCUUACGGCUACUACAGUUUGGUGUGGCCAUGUUCUCGUUAUAACCCCCUAUUUUCAGGGGGCCAAAGAUCAGCUUUAAAAAAUGAUAACGAUUUCAGCUUAAAGCACUUUCAUUUUACGCCAACGUGAAAAGUGCCAUUUUUAGAAUGACUUUAAAGCUUAGUGAUGUCCUCCAAUAUCCUUUACUGAACUCCUUACCUUCACUAUUAGAUUUAUUCUACUUUUUUUUUUCUCAGUCACACACCCUAUGUGAACUAGUGCCUUUGGGUAGAAUGUGAACAACUUCCAAAGGGUUUUUCUAAAUGAGAAAGGUAUUACCACAAUUAUGACAUAAUUUAAAAUUUUUCGACUUCUUGUGUGAAUGCUGUCCAGCUUUCUCCCUAGGAGAUGAGGGCUUUGUGUCAAUGGUGAGCCGAUGGCACUGAACAGGCUUGAGGGUGCAUCUCUUGACAUUGGGAUGAUGCACACUGAGAUUCUGAUGGCUGGUUCGCACUGGGAUUUGCUCACAGCCUGGGAACUGUCGGUACAGAAACAGAGAUUGGUAACGAGUUGAGAACUGCUUGGUGAUUAUGUUUUUCACCUGCCAUUUACUUUAAUCUUUAAAACACUUUGAAUUUGCUGUCACACUUUCUCAGCCCCUCAUGUUCACUGCCAUCUUCCAACUCAGAUUAUGUAACACUUGGGCUAAAAUCUAUCCUGUUUUUUAUUAUUAUUAUUACUAUUUUAUUAUUAUUUUGUUUUGUUUUUUUAGUGGUGUUUUCCCUUUAUUUAAAUGAUAGCUGAUAAAGAAGAAUGUUCUAGAAACAGAAACUGUGGGAAAUAAUUACUUAAAUUGCAAUUAAGGAAAUAAAACCAAGAAUACAGCA